AUGUGGCUACGAGACUCUUACAUUAACAGGCUAGGUUAUGAUGGAGGUGGACUUGGUGAGUUUGCCGCAGCUAAGGAGAAUUUGAUAGCUUUUAGGCCUCCUGAAGUGUCAGCAGCAGACGGCACAGGCUUACCGGUUGCUGCUCUUACAGCUCACCAAGCUCUAACCAAAGAUGCAAGGAUCAAGCUUGAUGGAACAAACGAGCAGAAGAACAUACUCAUUACCGGUGCCUCUGGUAACGUCGGUCUCUAUGUAAUCCAACUAGCAAAGCUCGGAAACGCUCAUGUCACCAUCACUUGUGGAGCUCGUAACGUUGAACUUGUCAAGAGCUUAAGGGCAGAUGAGGUUCUUGACUACAAGACCCCUGAAGGGGUAGCUGUCAAGAGUCCAUCUGGUCGGAAAUAUGAUUUCGUGAUCCAUUCUUCAUCAAAAGCAAUUCCUUGGUCAGUCUUUGAGCCGAACUUGAGCUCAAAUGGGAAGGUUAUAGACCUUACUGCUAACCUGAGCUCCAUGUUUACGUUUGUUCUUAAGAAAAUCACCUUCUCAAAGAAGACACUGGUGCCACUGAUCAUAAAUGGGAAGGGUGAGAACCUGGAUUUUGUCUUGUUAAGUUGGUGA